CUUUCUCUCUCUCCCCGUCGUCGUCCCUCCCACCGAGUCAUCCCAUCUCACCACGCACCGAACGAAACAGGGAAAAACGCCCAUAAAAAAAUAUCGAUUUCCUCGCGGAGGCAUGGAAAAGUCGGGGUUUUUAUGCUUGCGGGAGUACUAGACUACUAGUAGUAGUCGGCUCGUGGUGGUGGACCGGUGGUGCUGCGAAUCCGAGGGAGUAGAAAGGCGCUCCUCCUCUCCUCCGUUUCGCGAGUCAGAGACAGAGAGAGAGGGAGAGUCAGAGGAGAAAGGUUCUAGUCAGAGAGAUAGAGAGAGAGAGGGAGAGGUUGGGAGGGAAGGAGGCGGCGCCGGCGAUCCCGUCUCUGACUCUCUGCCCGUCGGGCUUGCUGCUCUCUCCGGCCGGCCGGCCGGCGGCACGGCGCGACCUCGUCCGCGGCUGUCAUGAAAAGAUACAUUUGGUAGGCAAAGUUGAGCAUGGGUUCAGGAAAUCUGGUGAUGAAGAAGGUGGUGAAGCCCAGCUCUUUCGACCUCGACAUACAACUUGACAAAAGUUGGACGGAGGACGUUACUUGCCCGAUCUGUCUCGAUUUCCCUCACAACGCGGUCUUGCUGAGGUGCACAUCUUAUGAGAAGGGUUGCCGGCCGUUCGUAUGCGACACCGACAAGUCCCGUUCGAACUGCCUCGAGCGGUUUAAGAGUGCUCAUGGGCAGCCGGUGAACGUGAAGGUCUCGGCCGUUAACAUCGCUCCCCGUGACAGCAUCCAUUUCAUCUCUUCAAACACAAACAACCAUCCGGCUUGCCCGUUGUGUAGAGGCGAUGUCAUCGGGUGGGCUGUCAUCGGCGAGGCGCGGCAGCACCUUAACCAGAAGAAAAGAUGCUGUGAAGAGAGCUGCUGUUCAUACGUUGGCAACUUCCAUGAGCUUCAGAAGCACACCCAGCAGAAGCAUCCGAACUCGCGCCCUUCGGAGAUCGACCCCGCUCGCCGAGUCGACUGGGAGAAUUUCCAGCAGUCGUCCGACAUCAUCGAUGUCUUGAGCACGAUACACGCGCAGGUGCCUAACAGCAUAGUUCUGGGAGAUUAUGUCAUCGAGUAUGGCGAUGAUGACGCUGGAGAUGACUAUGAAGUUCUCCACAGGGUCAGGGGAAACUGGUGGACGUCCUGUAUUUUCUGCAAGUCUUUCGGGUCUUCGAGAGGCCGGAGAAGAGCAAGGACAAGGGAAAGGAGAAGUGGUGGAAGGAGGGCCGGCAACAGGUCUGGUCAGGAAAGCUUCACCAUCGACGUUCCAACCAGAGCUGUUGACAUAAGGGAAAUCAGAUUUGAUGGAAUAGAUGAUGAGUAUCUUGUUACAGGGGCAAUGCCUAGUGCAGCAUCCAGGAGAAUGGCCAGUCAUUACAGGGAUCCCAGGUAUGUCCGCCGACGCGCGCACGCCUAGGAGCACAAUGCAGCAGCAAUCAGGAAGUUCAGAAGCAUCCCACCUCCACCGCCUGUUACAUUCCUUCUCCUCUUCUCUCUGCUAUCCAAGCCCGUAUUUCGUGUGCAUAGACGAUAGCAGCAGCAGGCCUCCUCCGUUAUUGUUCACAGGUCUCCACCAUUUUUAGGUUCUUCAUUCAUGUAAAUACUUAGCCUUUACUACCUUAUAGCAAAUGUAUGUCUCGGUUUCCGUCCGCGAAACCACUGUAUGUGAAAAACAACCGCCGCCACGGAAGGGAUCUUCCGUGCGCGAUAAUUGUCGGAGAAAGGCUUUGGAAUGGAUUUCUCUUUCCUGUA